AUGAUUAACUUCUCUAAGCCAGAUGCCUUUAUUACAGGAGAUUUGUCACAUCAGCAUAAAAUGGAAAUAGUGGAGAAACUGGGAGUUAAACAGAUGUGUGAUUCUGACAAAUAUCUGGGACUACCAACUUUAUUAGGUCAAUCUAAAACACUCUCUUUUAAGUCUAUCAAUGAUGCUUCUGAAAAUAGGCUCAGUGGAUGGAAUUCAAAAAUUCUUAAUCACUCAGCUAGAACCACUAUUGUUAAGUCAAUGUUAAACUCUAUACCAGCUUAUUACAUGAGUUUCUUUAAGUUACCCAAGCACACAUUAAAACAGCUUGAGGCAAUACAAAGGAAAUUCUGGUGGGGAUAUAAGAAUAAUAAAGGAAUAAACUUCACUGGCUGGAAUUCUCUAUGUAACCCAAAAGCAGAGUAG